AUGCGUUUGUUUACUUCCACCCUCGUGGCCGUCGGCCUGCUUGGGUUCGGCCUGGCCCAGCUUGAGGUCUCCCCCGACGGCAGUUGUGGCCCCGAAACCCAAUACUCCUGUCUUGGGUCUGAGUAUGGCAACUGUUGCUCUGAAAGUGGCGAAUGUGGUGGAACGGACGAAGUCUGCGCUGGUGAGGGAUGCCAAGCAGAUUUCGGACUAUGCGGUCGUGGUGUUGGCGGACUUGACCCUACGAGCGGCACUGAGGAACCCACCACAAGACAGACGGAACUUCCGACUCCGACAACUACUACCACGAGGCGGACAGCCCUUCCCACAAGUGACCUCCCGCCGACCCAGUCACAAGUGGUGUCAACAAUUUAUGUGACGUCCACCAUUCUUACCACCGCGGUACAGAGCACGUUGAUCACGGUCACCUCGACGGAUGUUGACCAUGUGACUACAACCAUCCCGACCACCGCAGUUCAGACAAACACGGUGAUUGUGAACACCACAUCGACGCAUUUCACCACGACGACUGCCACCAGCUAUUCUAUCGUCUUCGCCACGGUGUACAACACCAUCAACGUGACCAGCGUUUCAACCACCUGGGAGACCGCUACCUCGACUACGACACGAACGUUGGACACGACGCGCUACUUCAACCAAACCCUCACCUCGACAUUCACCCAGCCCAUCACCAUCACCUCAUACACCAGCGUCGACAUAACCCGAACCAUCAACGCCACAUCAACAGACCUCCUCACGCAAACGACCACCGUCCCCUUCACCAUAACCUCCACCGCGACGCGAACGGUCAACUCCACCCUCCUCACCACCGAGAUAGGAACAACCGAGAUCCCCGUAACCAUAACCGCCACCUCCACCGCCUUCACCACCCAAACCGACCUCAUCACAGCCACCACCACGGCCAUCACAACCGCCACCCAAAACAUCACCCACGAGUUCAACACCACCUCCACCGCCGUCCAGACACAAACCCAAACCCAAACCGUCACCGCCACCGCGUUGGACACUGCAACGGUCACCGUCACCGAAACAGCAGCACCGCCAACAGUGCCACCGACCACAGUCACCGUCACGGUCACGGCUACGGAGACACAGACGCUGACGCUGGAGAUACCGCCGGUGCAGAGCGGGGGCACGCUGACGGUGGGGCCGGGGCCGGGGGAGCCUGAUCCUACCCCGACGGGAGAUGUAUCGGGGACUGGGGCGGGGACGGGGAGUGGGAGUGUGAGUGUGAGUAGUGGAGCGGCGACUUUGACUGUUGGGGGGCCGUGA